CUGCACAGCUUUCUUACACAAGCAAACGGAUGUUUUUCAUUCUUCGAUCCAUUCAUUUUGACUUACUGCCUCUGAAUACUGCCAUUGGAUCCUACCCUGCGAUAUUGCUGCUGGAUUUYAAUUUCUCAUAGAGAAAAAACAUUCCGCGUUUCCUUUCCUUCAACCUGGGUUCUUUCAAACGCGUUCACCAGCACUUAUUCAUAGAACACCGGGUUCUCAGUAGAACUAACAUCUCCGAAAAAAAGACUAGAAAUUAGACUAGAUUAUCAAUACCCGACAAAACUACGUGAAAUAAAGAAUGAUUCUCCGACUGUUCGGCAACCGAGCUCUGUGUUCGAAGAAGAGUCUUGCCCAUCAAAUUGGCGGACUUUCCUCCCUUGCUGUCACCACCUCUGGCUCGGAUGCCUCUACUUCUGUAAGCAAGCAACUGCAGCAACGCCGCAACAAAUCUACGGUCGCGGUCCAGCUAGAUUACUAUAUGUCSCCCCAGUUUGCCGGAAUCGCCUGCGCCCUUACGGAGGGUCUKUACCAAAAAGCUGGAAUCGAUGACGUGAAAUUCUUGUCYAUCUGUCCCGUYGGACUCGAGGCCGAGCGCGUCCGCCAGUUCCGCGAUAUUGCGAGUCACAACGCCGAAAUGGUGGUGGUGGGCAGUGUCGAACAAAACGUCUUUCUCCCCUUGAUCAUGGAAGAGCCUSAAUUGAAACUCAAGGCUGUAGCYGCGAUGUUUGAUACUUCACCUCURUGCUUGGCAUCGGUUAUCAACGGGAGCAAGGAAGGCAACAGCCAGRAACAUGAUGACCUACAAUUGGUUGGGGCCCACGAKGACACUGUGGAUUUGCUGAAACGUAUCCUGAUCUACGACAACAGCGRACAAGAAAAAGCUAAGCAUAAGGUAAUUGCCAGUCCGCGGGAAACCAAGAAUUCGGAUCUCAUCGGGGGCAAGCUGGAUGCYAUUCAGGCCUACACGACCACCGAAGUCCCAACCCUCCAGAGGAUUCUCGAACGGACMGGUAGAACAGGAGACACGGUUUCCUCGGUCCCGCUCGAAGGACUAAAUGGUGCCAAAUUGGGCUAUUCUCAGAUGCUGUUUGCGCCCGAAGAGGAUCUCGACGACGAUGGAGGUAGGCGUGAAAUUCUUCGGACCUUCCUAGAAGYGACCUUUGAAGGUUGGUCAAUGGCAAUUGCCAACCCUGAAAAAGCAGCYAGAGCCGUCGAAGAAGCCCAGAAACUCACCAAGCUGAGUGACGAAGGCAACGACCAUUGGGAUCGACGAGAUUACCUUACGUACAACACCCAAAUGACCAUGGAGUGCGGUAAGCUYGUCGAGGCAACCAAGAACCGUGGGRGUGAUCGAUACGGUGUUAUURACAGUCAGCGUUGGGACGAAGCGACACAAUGGCUGCUCAACGAGAACGUCGGAUCAGGAUUUGCGCUUGAUUCCACUCUUUGGCCAGCAAAGAAUUGAARAAUUGWAUGAUCGAUCCAAUUAAGACCUURUCUUAGUAAAAAGUCUCUGAUGGCCGCUGCCCGUUCCAAUGGAUAAUAAAAGAAUAGMAAWGCA